UACGCGAUUACCUAUCCGUUCGUUUCGUUUCCUUAUUGUGUCUGUAAAAAUAAAAUAUCGUAAAAUAAAAAUGAAAAUUCACAAAGUUUUUCAAAGCUAAAGAUUAAAUUCAAUAUACACAUGUGAAAGCAAUAUGUCUUUUAUAAAUGAACCAGUUCUCAACAUAAUUGUUGUGGGAUUCCAUCACAAAAAAGGAUGCCAGGUGGAACACUGCUACCCAGAACUGGUUCCAGGGAGACCCACAGAACUUCCAGCCACUUGGCGUCACUUACCAGCCCUAGCACUACCAGAUGGUUCUCAUAAUUAUCUUUCUGAUACCAUAUACUUCAACUUGCCAGGCUUGACAGAACCAGAUCAUACUGUAUAUGGAAUAUCAUGUUUUCGACAAAUACCUGUUGAGCAAGUGGCUCAGAAGACAGAAGAUAUGACAAGGAGUUCUGUUCAAAAGAGUGUUUGUGUUGUCUGUCGAGCACCAUUGUUUGGCAGACUUGCUGUAAAGAUAGAGCUGGUUGUCAGAGCUUGGUUUCUUCAGGCAGACUUCUCGCAGACAAAGUUGCUUGAGGAUGCUUAUAAACACCUGAAUAGUUGUCCUGUUCAAAUCGACCAAACACUUGAAGGUUUAUCUGUAAUGAGGUUGAUUGAAAACUGGAGACAUAAAGCAUUGCUGCUAUUUAAAUUAAUGUUGCUAAGGAAGAAAGUCCUUAUGUAUGGCUCACCGGCCGGUCCUCUCUCUGCUGCUCUCCUUACACUUGUAUCACUACUGCCUCGCUGUCUUGAACAUGGACUUACAAAAGCUGCAAAUGUCACAUUAUCCAGACCUUUGUCUCCAGUACUACUGAUUGAGGAUAAAGAUAUUGUUGACAGUGGCAACAUAGUAAAUAAUGAUGAACCAUAUUUAAAUGGCUCUACCCAAACUGAGGAACUGUCUCCCAAGGAAACGGGAAACAUGGUGGAGGAGAAAGAUAGAGUAAGCAGGCAAAGUUUUGAUGAGACUACUCUCAAUGAUGUGGUAGACAGGCAAGACCUAGUAGAAAGCAGAGAGAAAUGUCACAGUAUUGGAGAGAAGUAUAAAUCUCAAAGAAGUGCAACUGAUGCACAACAAAGUCCCACUAUGGCCAGAGAUAUGAGUGUUGAUGGACUGUAUAAUUUGACACGUCAAAUUGAUCAGACUGAAUGUGGAUUACCCUUGCCUUUAUUUGAAGAUGGCUAUCUCUGCUUGCCGUACCUAUCCUUGCAAUACCUAGAUCUGUUGUCAGAUUCAGCUGUCCAAGGGUUCUUAGUUGGUGCAUCAAAUGUCUUGUUCAAGCAGAAGAGACAGUUAUUUGAUGUUUUGGUUGAGUUGAAUGAGAUGAGGAUAGAAACUUCAGAUAUGAUGUUGAGAAGGCAACUAGCUCUCGGGACUGAGGAUCUUCGGUUUGCAGACCAUGUGGUGCGUCAUGGAGCUACCCAGGGGGAUGCAUGGAUAAGGGAUCAAUUUUCGAGUUACUUAAUUUACCUUUUAAGGACUUCUUUACUACCAGAUGGUAGCCGAGAGAUCGAUUCUUACAAUGCUCAGUUUAUGUUUGCCUUCAAAUCGACGCCGGCGUACCAACAAUGGCUGAAAACGACCAACAACGGAGACAUAGAGGCUUUCGCAAAUCUUAUGCCCAUCCACCCAUUCUCAGGGCAGCUUUCCGUAGCUGAUAUGAAAUUAAAGUUCGCUCACACCAUGUCUACGACGGAGGGGGGCCGGAAGGUGAGCGCGGCCGUGGCGAGCACAGGGCGGGCCGUGGCCACCACGUCGCGGGCCGUGGGCGGGGCGCUGUCGCAGGCCCGCGGGGCGCUGUCGGGCUGGUGGAGCGCCCUCACGGCGCCCCCGCCCGCCGACGACGAGCCCGGCGGCGCCCCCGACCCCGCCCGCGACAACAAGACGCUGCCCGAGGCGGCCGACCCGGACCCGCCGGACAAGUCCAUAGAAGACGCGUCCAGCAAUAUUAGCAAGAUUCAAGUAGUAUAGUGAGGCUAUAACUCUUUUCAGAUGAUUGUUUGGCAAUUAUGAGAGUCAUCGUGGAGUCGUGUUAGCUGUGAUGUUAUUCGAAAUUUAAAAGCUAGAUGAAGAGUGGAGUGGAAAUAGUAGAUCGUUUAACACUGUUAUACAUAGCUGAUAAUCACAGUAAACCUGCACUAAAUCACAACCACUAUAUUUGAGGGAAAAAAAUACAAAUAGGAAAUCCUAGUUUGUAAUUUAACUAUAAAAAGAUUUCAUGGUUAAAUGUUAACAAAACCUAAACACAACUAAUUAAGCACCUGAAAUAAAAAUCUGAAUUAUCAGUAUUGCGUUCGUUCUGUUUGCGGAAACUUGUUAUUGUGAUCCAUAUAUUAUGAAGAUGAGCUUUGGGUUUGGCAUCACAUUUCACGGAGAAAUUUUGUCUGCGUAUACUAGGCGCUCAGUGUAUUAUAACAACAGUAUAGUGAAAAUUGCAAUUAUUUAGUAGUUGUUACUGCAGCAACAGUUGUCGGUAGAAGGGUGGUUUUGUUAUAUCUGAACUGCGUGUUAAAUAAUAACAGAUCAUUCCGUAAUCUAUGAUAACAAUGAAGAAAAGAACCCGAAUUUCAUAAAUAUUAAUUUUAAAAUAAUAAUUGCCAGGACAUGUAACAAUGGAAAUUAUAUUGUAAGUUUACAAACUGGCUGAGUAUGAAUCAUACCUUGCAUGAUUAUUGUCAUCUUGCUGCAACUGUGAGAUUAUAUGAAUUCCUUACUUAAUGUAAUAAUUUGUAAAUGCACAAUAUAUAUAGAUUGUGUAGUGAUAAUAUUAAGAAAGUGUUGCAAGUUUUCUGGUAGAUCAUUGUUCAACUUUGCUUAAUAUACUUCAUGGUAACAUUAUAUUUGUUUGAAAUAUUUGUUAAUGACAGCAUACUAUUUAUACAUUAUAAACUUACAAAUAAAUUAUUAUUUUUCUACGAAUCUUGUAGAUUUGCUUGGUAUUCUCAUAUUUCAAAAAGUAAAUCUGCAAUUUAACAUGUGUAUAUCUUUGAUGACGUAGAUGGAUAAUAUUAAUAAGAAGUAGACUUUGAUACAGUUUGUGAUCUCUGAAACUUAGUUCGUUGUUGAUAUUCUAAAUAGUAUAUUAUUUUUAGUUCUUGGUGUGUAAAAAGUUAAUUAUUGAAAAUAAAACAUUAAGAUGAAUGCUUAUUGUAAUUGUUUUUAUGUAGUCAUUUUCUUCUAUUUGUUUUUACUAUUUAUUUUCUAAUAUAUUGAUGCUCUCUUUUGGGACUAUUUAA